AUGAGAAAUGGCAGGCUGGAUGAAUCAAAAGAUGGAAUUAAAGUGGCUGGGAGAAAUAUCAAUAAUCUGAGAUAUGCAGAUAAUGCCACUCUAAUGGCACAAAGUGGAGAGGAAUUAAGAAGCCUUGAUGGAAAGGAAUUUGACAGCUGGGGGAAUGGAAAGGGGAUUCCAGGCAUAGAGUAUGAGCCAUUACAUGAAGAUGGGACAAAAUGGGUGUGGGACAGUGAGCCCUCUACCCUGUCCUAUCACCCUCCACCCGAACCCAUCUUCAGGUGGCUCUAUCAGUACUGACCCCAGGGCUAACCAGCAGAGCUGUCUGAGGAGCUGCAAACCCUCUUCAGGGAGGUGGUAGGAGAUGUAUCAGCUGGCCAGAGCUACCAAGUAUUUGCUGCCUUCACCUUCUAGCCAGGGAGUACAGACAUCCACAGCUCCCUGCUGGGCUGUUGUGGGAGCCAGCAGGUUUCCAUAGCAGUCCAGAUAUGGCUGAUGGAGGGGAUGGGGGUUCACAGCUAAUGGACAGACUGGCAGAGCCAGGGUGACUUGGGGCUGAAGGAAGCCCUGGUCCUGUGGCAGUCCAGGAAGUUUGCCUUGGCCAAGGAGGUCUUCUAUCUAGAGAACAAUGCUGCUGUACUUCAAGCAGUGCCAGCCCCUCUCUGCUCUGGGACUUGCUGCAUCAUGGCUGCAAGCCUGAAACAGGUUCUGGAGUUAUAUUAUGGCCCUAUAGCAUUGUGUGCAUUGUGCAACCUGGUUAUGAGCCUGGGGUGCAUUGUUUAUUCAUUCUCCUCUGAUGCCCUAACCCACUUCCUGGUGAUCCACCUGGAGCCCACUACAGCCUCCGUCUCCAAGGCCUAUGCCAAGGGUGCUGUGGAGUUCUACAAGGAAAUCUUACCCUACAACCAGACCCAGUAUGGCCUGCUCAACAAGCAAGGAGAGGAGCUAUAUGUCGCUAGUGGGAACAUCUUCCCCAGCCACUGGGUCCAUAUCUAACAUGCCCCCUACACUGUCCAGAGGGAGUUAGGGCUGAAAGUUCUUAGAACAGCCCCACACUUGGAGAAUUCCUGA